UACAUCUGCUUAGCGGGAGUAGAUGGAGCCAUAAUUUAGCAUUUAAACAAAAAAAAAAUUAGAAAUCACUUAAAAGUGAUUAAAAAAACAUUUUACGUUAGCAGUGAUGAGGGUGGUGUAACCAGACACUCACAGCAUGGCUGCUGCAGUAGUUGUAAAAGUUUAAAACUGACGUGAGAUAAGUUUUUUUAAGUGAACGCUAGCUUGUGUGUGGAGUUUGACGUCUAGUCGUUAGCCGCCUCCACAGCAGCCUUAACGCGGCUUUACUGAACCGAGUAAGCAGUCGAAGAACCGUGUGCAUCCCCUCAUCCCUCCACUCGGCAUUGCAGUGGUUUUAUUUUAUUUUAUUAUUUUCCCUCCGGACAACUGUGGCGUCUUUAGCAUCUUUAGCCUGAGUCAGUGUGUGGCGUUCAAGAACCGCUGGCUUUGAGCUAAACAUGCAUUUUUCCAUACCCGAAACGGAGGUUCGUUUGGGAGAAAAUGGAUCUACCUAUGUGGCCUACAACAUCCACGUCAACGGCGUGCUGCACUGCCGGGUACGCUACAGUCAACUACUCGGCUUACACGAGCAGAUAAAGAAGGAAUACGGGAGCAAUGUGGUGCCGUCCUUCCCCCCAAAGAAGAUUUUCACUCUGACGCCCGCCGAAGUGGAGCAGAGGCGGGAGCAUUUGGAGAAGUACAUGCAGGCGGUACGCCAAGAUCCACUGCUUGGAGCCAGCGAGUUGUUCAACAGCUUCCUAAGAAAAGCACAGCAGGAGACACAGCAGAUCCCCACGGAAGAGGUGGCCCUGGACAUCUGCCUCUCCAACGGCCAGAAGGUCACGGUCAACAUUCUCAGCUCCGAUCAGACCGAGGACGUCCUGGAUGUUGUCGCAAGCAAACUGGAUCUCCCAGAAGAACUGGUGGGCUACUUCAGUCUAUUUCUUGUCCGUGAGGGGGAAGAAGGAGGACUCACAUUUGUACGGAAGCUUCAGGAAUUUGAGCUGCCUUAUGUGUCCAUUACCAGCCUACGCAGCUCUGAUUUCCACAUACUCUUACGGAAAAGCUACUGGGACUUGGUGUACGAUGGUGACGUCAUGGACAACAGAGUAGGCCUCAACCUGCUUUACGCACAGACCGUAUCAGACAUCGAGCGAGGCUGGAUACUCGUCAACAAAGACCAGCACAGGCAGCUCAAGUCACUGCAGGAGAAAGGCUCCAAGAAAGAAUUCAUCAACCUGGGCCAGACACUGAAAUACUACGGCUACAUCAAGUUUGACCCGUGCGUCACGGACUUCCCCGAGAAGGGCUGCCAGGUCAUCGUGGGCGCGGGCAACAACGAGCUGAACUUUCACGUCAAGCUGCCCAACGAGCAGAUGAAGGAGGGCAGCUUCAAGGUUACGCGUAUGCGCUGCUGGAGAGUCACGUCCUCUCAAGUCCCCAUAGCGAACGGCACCAACAACCCGUGCACGUCGUCCAAGUGCGAUGUCAAACUGGAGCUGGCCUUUGAGUACCUGAUGAGCAAGGACCGCUUGCGCUGGGUCACCAUCACCAGCCAGCAGGCUAUCAUGAUGAGUAUCUGCCUUCAGUCUAUGGUUGACGAGUUGAUGGUGAAGAAGUCUGGUGGGAGCAUCAAAAAGAUGCUGAGAAAACGACACAGUGGCUCCAUGCAGCUACCUGACUGCCAACAAUCUGUCAAAUCGCCCCCUCUACUGGAUUCGCCUGACCAGAGCCGUGAACAGAUCAUCAAACUAUCGACCAAGCUGAGCUCCGUGUCGCUGCGAGGGAUCAGCGCCUCCAACUCGGCCAACGACAUCAGCGGGACCGAUUUCCAUGGCAACUACGCCUUCGAGGGGAUCGGGGAUGACGACCUGUAGCGACGACCCCCCCCCCCCCCCCAACCUCCUCUUCCUCCUCCAUCGCACCACGCAGGUGUUUUCAUUCCCGCAGGAUUGUCGCGUCCACGCUUUUUUAAAGGCUGCCGUGGUCACAUGAUGCUUUCAAGGCCACCGCCCACUAGUGGGAGCACAAGUCGUCACGGACGAUUCUUAGAGGGAAAACAAUGAAUGUGCCAAAAUGACAUUUUUAGUCUCCCUGGCCACUACAUUAGGUACACCUCACAGUGGUCACAUGUGCCUAAUGUAGUGGCCCAGUCUUCUAUUGUCUUUGUUCAUGGUUUCUCCUAAAGCCGCUCGCACUUUGCUCACAUGGCAAGAUCUUUCUGCAGGAGGAGGCUUAGGAAAUCCCUUUUAGUUUCUCAUAAAGGCCAAAUUAUAGUUUACUAAAGCAUUUUGCACAUAUUAUGUCACUUUUUAUAUAAUGUACGUUUAUUUACUAAUAUCACACAGCUUAGUGAAAGCCCAAUAGAACAAAUGUCAUCUGCGCAUGUGUGCUAGAUCAUGUUUUUGAUCACGUGAUUCCAGUAAGCAUGUCAAUCAUCUCAGAGGAGUCAGCCAAUCACAGGUGCUUGUGGGCGGGGAUAAAGUUCAUGCAUUGCUGGCAACAAAAUGAACACUUUUUUUUUUUUUCCCCUGAGGACUUUGUUUUGUCAUCUUGUGUCAAAAGUGUUUUGUUGUGAAGCUCACAAGGUCCAAGUCGGCGUGGAGGCGCUAAAAGACUGAAAGAAGCGCAAUUUUUCCUUUGUAUUCGGGCGAAUCGUUUGAUAUUUAGCAGUAAGCUCCAUGACAAAAUAAAAAAUGUGAAACGA